AUGUCCAGCGACAGACGGCGCCCCGUUCUUCAAUACGGCCGAGCUUGCCAGGGUUGUGUCUUGACAAAGUGUCGCUGCGUCCCGCGACAAGACCACGAUGGCUGCGAACGAUGCUACAAGUACAGCAAGGACUGCGUGCCGAGCGACUCGCCGCGCCGUCGUGCCGGUGAGCGAAACGCCUCGCUCGCACGCAUUGUCGAGCUGGAGCAGAGGAUCAAUGGCUUUGUCGAAUCCUUGGAAAAGAACCACGGCAGGACGAAUGCAUCUGGAUUACCCACGCCCGAGACGGCCAGUGCGCCUUUGGUCGUGCCAGACGAUGAUGAUGUCGAGGAGCCACAAACCGCGCCAAGCGACGACGGCGAUGUGGCUUCCGAACUCUGCUACAGCAUAUUUUUGCAGCGCAUGCUCAAGUACUUUCCCGUAGUCAAUGUUCCGUCGAGCCCAGAGGUGCUGCGCCACGAGCGCCCGUUCUUGCUGCUCUGCAUCCGUGCGGUCACGGCACAGUCCACAGCGACGAAGCUUCGCCUAGGCCGGCAGAUUAAGCAAGCCGUUGCCAACCGCCUCGUCAUGGAUGAGAAUAUAGUCUACGAAGAUCUGGAUCUCUUGCAAUGUCUGCUCACGUACAUUGCUUGGAGCCACGACCACCUGCUACGCGGUGGCAGCACUCCCAAUGUCUCGCGCCUCACGCAGCUCGCGGUGACGCUCGUAUAUGAGAUGGGGCUUAGCAAGCGGGACAGUGUAUCAGAAACAAACACCCUUCCUGUGGGACAUAUCCCGGGGAAACGGGUGCUGCCGCGGCGUACUUGGCCGCACACGAUGGAGGAGAAGCGGACCCUGGUGGGAUGCUUCCUCCUGACUUCUGUGGUGUCUGUGUAUUUUGGGCAAAUAGACCCUCUGCCUCUGACAGAGUACAUGCGAUCCUGCAUCUCGGCCAUGAGUAGCAGCGACGAUUCGCCGCACGACCAAGCUCUAGCGCACAUGGCACAUUUGCAUUCUCUCGUGAAUGACGUGGAAGUCCUCCGACGAGGAAACCCCUCCUCCGUCCCGGUAUACGAUAAGCUCUUCCAGUACCGAGUUGAUGAGUUGAGACGCACGCAGCCCGUCAAUGACGAGAGCAAUGGUGUGCUAUCAUCGUCAAUGUACUUUGCCCAGCUCAACGUCCAAACCUUGGCCCUGGCCGGCGGCGACAACGACGACAACGACAGCGUGCAGCGAGUGGCGCAGCGAUGGGCCUGCGUCGACAACGUCAAGCGUGCACUGGACAGCUUCUUCCUCUCCGUGCCUGCCGAGGACUACGACAGCCUGCCCUUUCCCUACUUUGCCCAGCUGGCCGGUUUUCUCGCCGUUUUGAUCCGGCUGACGACCCUCACGGCCGUCGGGUGGGACGUGCCGACGGUGCGCGCGACCAUUGAUGUCGUGCAGGUCCUGGACCGCAUCAUCGACAACAUUGACAGGGCCCGGAUGCUGCUAGACAGCAGCGGCGGCGCGGGUGAUGUUGGUUUCCUAGAGAGAAAGGGCAUCAUCUUUGCCUCGUGCAGAAUGGCGUGCAUGGCCAAGAUGGCAGAGGCUGAAGGGCGCGGAUCGCCUGGGGCUGAGCACACUGUCGAUGGUAUGCUGGGGGGUCAUUCUGCGGAUACAUGGUUUAGGGACGUGUUUGGGUAUGGUAUGCUGGGAGUCACGAGUAUUACGAUGUGA